UAAAUUUUAAAAACAGAAUAUCCAAUCUACGGCCGCACAUCUUUUUCUCACUGCACAACGUUCAACUGUGUGCAUGUACGUCUGCUGCUGGCUCUGUCGCCUAGAAUCGUGAAUUUUGGAUAGUCUUUUGGCGACUCUGGGAUAAUAAGCAAGUGUAGGUUGGUAGAUAACUGGUAGACAGACACACCCCACACACACACACAAACACACAGACACAUCCAAGAUGGCCGACACGUUACCCAACGAGCUGGAGGAAGCUCCUCAGAGUCCCGCCAUGAACGGCAAGUCGUCCGGGAAACACCGUGAGAUCGACAACCUGGACUUGGACGAUCCAGAGGUCCAAAAGGACAUGCAGAGACCGGCACACAUCAAGAACGACAUCAAAGAGAUGGACCGUAACAAGCGAGUCUCGCUCAUUCUAAACAGCGAAGCUUUUAGAGAAGAACUAGAAGCCAUCAUCGACAGUCAACUAAAGGGUAUAUUCCCAACCUGUCGUGCUGACGUCGAUAUCUGUCGGGGUUUCCAGAGCGGUCCACACCCCGCCAGCCUUCUAGCGCUACAGCAAAUCUCCGAACUGGUGCUGCCUCAGUCCCGCUUCAACCAGAGCUCAGGGAGGAGUCUUGGAGGAGCAGGAAGAUACGGAACAGGUUCGAGUUGUGUUAUACCAGUAGCAGACAUCCGAGGUUCUGACUCUCACAACUACACAAAGGGAGAGAAGGCUCUUCGCUGCAAGCUUGCCUCCCUCUAUCGUCUUGUAGACCUCCACGGCUGGACCCAUCUCAUAUACAACCACAUCUCGGCCCGUGUCAGCAAGGAGCAAGACCAAUUCCUGAUCAACCCCUUUGGCCUCCUCUACCACGAGGUCACCGCGUCCUCCCUCGUCAAGCUCGACUCCGUAGGCAACAUCAUCGACCACGGCACCACAUCCUAUGGCCCCAACCUGGCCGGCUUCACACUCCACUCCGCUAUCCACAAUGCCAGACCAGAUGUCAAAUGCAUCCUCCACGCCCACACGCCAGUCAUUGCUGCUGUAUCCGCCAUGUCGUGCGGUCUCCUGCCCAUCUGCCAGGAGGCUCUCAUCCUGGGCGAGGUCUCAUACUACGACUACAAGGGCAUUAUCAUCGAUGACGAACAGAAGGACAGCAUCAUCAGGGCGCUCGGUCCCAAGAAGAGGGUUCUCUUCUUACGUAACCACGGUGUCGUAUGCUGCGGACAGACCAUCGAGGAGGCCUACUUCCUCACGGUCAACGUCGUGGCAGCAUGUAACACACAGGUUCAAGCGAUGACUGCAGGUAUAGACCACCUGAUCCAGGUAUCAUCGGAGAUUGCAGAGAAGACCCGAGAGGUCGCAUCCCAGGGCGGUGGAGGUGUACAGGGAGACGAUCAGAUCAAGAAAUGGCGCUGGGGAGAGCUCGAGUUUGAGGCCAUGAUGAGACAACUGGAUAACAUGGGUCACAGAACCGGUUACAUCUACCACGCCCCUCUGACCCGGUCUGAACCCAAGCCACGCAGCGACGUCGCCUACCCAGCCGUCUCCACUGGCGUCACCUACAUCUACGACGACGACGUGGACGCCAGCAAGUACGAGUCGCCCCUCAAGAUGCUCAACAGGAGAAAGGCAAACGAGAAGACCAAAUGGAUGAACACGCCCAACUCCUAUUCCAAGGUGGAGGUGCCCGUGGAACAGAAUGGAGAGGAGAGCCCCAAGACCAAGACAAAGUGGGUGAGUGAAGUAGACAAGACAGCAGGACACUCCACUAAGCACCAGGAUCCUCAACAGUUUGCCAAGCAGAGCGACAACCCUAGAGAAUUCAAGACAAACGCCAAGAAGGUGACAGCUGAACAAUUCACGGACAACAAGAACCCAGGCCCCACAUCACAGGUCCUAGCUGGUAUCGAUGAUGGACGCAAAGUACAGAUCGUGGCAAACGACGCCCAGUUGUCUAAUUCCCAAGAGAAGUUGAUCCGCGAAACACAGGGCCAGAACAUACAGCCUGGUCAGUUCUCCGUGGGGUCAAAGGGUAUCGUCCAGCGUGACCACCAGAACGACGCCCUCGUUUACACCGUGUACUCGCCGAACCCGUUCUGCAGCAUGACAGAAAAGGAUAUCCUGGAGUACAAGAGAGAAAUCGCUGAGAAAACUGGACAAGAUGUACAAGAGAUUGAGCUGAUCUUCCAGGCCCCAGAGGAAGAGGACAACAAGCUGGUAGACGCCCAGGGUGAAGGCAAGACCAUCACAACUACCAAGAUCUCUACUACAGUCACAAUGGCAGGAGAGGGUGACACUGCCACAGUUCACAAGACAAGAGUGACAGAGAAAACAACCAUCAACGGAAGGGACGAAAACGAGGACGAUGAAAGGGAGCCCUCACCUGGUGUUGACAGCACAGGAUCAUCACCGACGAAGGACCCUAUGUCGCCCUCUAAGAAGUCGAAAAAGAAAUUCCGCACGCCAUCGUUCUUGAAAAAGAAAGAGAAGAAGGAGAAGAAGGGAGAAUAGCGCCCUUUCUCUCGCACUUUGAGUCAUGCAAUGCGAAAGUGAUAAUUGCCGUGUUCUAGAAAAAAUUUUCAUCAUCCAAUGCAAAGAUAUCUGUAGGGAUAAUUUGUAAGUAAACCAGGUAUGUGGCGGCAUGUAUGUUAGAACUCGGACAUACCAUGGAAUAUAUGUAAAUUGAUGAGUUGGUUAUGGAAAGAAUCAAGAUACGCGAUGUGUAUGAUAUCUAUAAAGUGUAUGCAACGACUCAAAAUGACAAAGCUCUUAAGUCUCUCGGAGGCAUCAGAAGGGCAGUGUUCAACGCUGUGUACCUAAUAUUAAAAAAAGGUAGUUGAUAGAGUUCGAUCCUUUGCAUUUUCUUAGCCACUCUAGUGUAAAUGAAUAUAAGAUGAGGUGAUAUAACGGAUGUAAGGAAUGCUCAAGUCUCGUUUCUCAAUCAAAAAGUACUGAUCUCUUUGUUAUAAUUGUGUGAUGAUUGGUUUUUUAAUCAGGCUCUUCAUAAACCUGUAGUUAUUGUACAUCAUGCCUGGUCUUGUUUGGAAAUAUUUCAUGUUCUUAUUCGUAGAGGAGGAUUUCUUAUUGCCUUGACUGUUCUUUUCCAACAAGUGAAAUGCCUCUAGGCGAUUUCUGGUGUAAUCCAUGGAAAAUAAGCUGGAACGGCACAUUUUAUCUCCAAAUUGAAAUUUGUACGAUCUAUUUCAUGCUGCAUCGAAUCAAAGCGUUCAGUAAUAAGCUCCGCAUUCUUGCUGUCAUCCAAUGACGACUCUUAGAAACGGCGUACGAUCAGAUGUUCUGAAAUAAAUACAUUCGUACCCAAUUUCUUAUAUUCCAUGGAUUUUCUCUAGCUUGAAAUCGCCUAGAGGUACGUUAUUUUCAUUAGAUGAGCAUUUUCAUUGAUAUAAUCAUGUUUAUUGCCAAAAGUACUUGUAAGUAGGUUUUUUUUUUCCUUUGCUAUAUAUACUGAUUAUAAUGCUAAAUGACUUAUUCUUAUGUAGUAUAUGAAAUAUGUGUAUUGUGUAUAAAAGUAAAAUGAAAAAGGUAGCAUGCAUGAUAGCAUUUUAGUGGUUUAGAGCUAUUCGUAAUCAUCAAUUUUCCAUCAAAUCACCCAUAAUUAAACAAACAAAAAAAGAAAAUUGUAGCAUGCUAGCCGAACAGUCGUGUAAAAUAAUGCACUGUGCCCUGUCAACAGUGAGCAUAUAAUUGUUGCGAAAGCGCUGUGUAUAAAAUUGUAUAAUCGAUGAUGCCAUUGCGAUUGUUAUUUAAAAGCAAACAUGGAGUCUUUUAGUAAAGUGGUUCCCUUAGAACGACAGGGACCUGGGGACAAGUUUGUUGUGUCAAAAUUCUUCUUCUGUCGUUCCGGUGAUUCCUACGAUUCAAGUAAACGGUGUAUUCAUGUGUAUUCAUGUGUAUUCAAACCUGUGGGUGGACAUGACGUUCUUUACUGCGUGGUAAAACUGAAGAUUCAUUUUUUUUUAUAUUUGCUGAAAUGUUGAAGUGUAGUUAUAUGUAGUGUAUAAUAUAGAGAGAGUGGACAAAAAAUGUGAUUUCACACAAUCAGUGAAAUGUUUAACCUUUUAAAUAAUGGCUAUUAAAAAAAUCAUUCCCUUUUUGAUGAUGGGACUGACACGAUAUUACAACAUUUGAUGUCUUACGUGUGUAAAGGUUGUGAUAGGGGGAGACAGCGUUCAUCCAAUUUGAGUUACCCCGGACUGAGGUUGUUAUGUAAAUUAUGAAAGCAGGACAUGAAUUUGAAGGCAUGGGACUGGUAUAUCCAAAAAUGGAUAAGGUUUGUGUGUGGUGUGCAAUAGGCCCAGUCAGAAAGCAGAAAAAUUGAUUGUACAAAACGAGUCUACUCACAAGAUUUCUUUUUUGGGAGCUUGCUGUGGAAGUUGGUGGAGGUUAAAUGCCAUUUUGUCGAUUGUACCUGUACAUGCGUUACUGUGCAACGGUUCUCUGUAAAUAUGAGCUGUGUUUAAGAACAAUGAGGAAAAUAAUUUUUACAAAGGUUUUUGGAGGACUUUUUUUGUGACAUCAUUCUGUUUUUUUUUUUUCUGUCUGGAUUGUCUUUCGUUUGCCCGACGAUGGUUUUCGUUCUUUGCAAAUCUUCCCGCUCCAUCAUCCUGUGGUUAUAAUUCAUGCAAAGCGUAGAGCUGAUUGAAUAGGGAGGUAGAUCUAUCUAUUAGAGCAUGGACAGUUCAGACAACGGUUGAGCAAGGUAUAGAGAGGGAGAUCAAGUUCUUGAUAUGUAUACGGUUAUUGGCAAGAUACACAAGGUGCCCUGUUUCGUAAAACUGACAGCAAUAAUGAGUCAGAAAAAAUGGGAAAAAAGCUCUAGAAAUGAUUGAAUUUGAUCAACUCUGAGCAGAUCUGUUGCCCAAUUCUAGUGGUUGUUAGCAAGUUUUAUGAAACCAGGCCCAGGUUUACUUACGAUCUUAACCGUGUGAUCUUGUGUAACAGACAUAUACAUUGUGAUAUGGCAGGCUAAGUUAGGGCAAGUGCGUAGGCUGGGUUGCAUGUGUGCCUUGGUAGUACUAGCUGUACAUCUGGAUAAAGUCGCACUAAACCUGCCUUGUGAGAUGGCAAAAGGGGGAUGUACAAGUCGGCAGAUUUGUGAGCUCGCUGUACGUUGUAUAGUACUUGUAAAUUAUCUGAUAGGAGUAAAUACAUCAAUGUACAGAGUUGAAUGCUAACUUGUUUUUUACCAUAAUUAUACCUCGGUAACGCCAUCAUACCAACUUCAAAACCAACCAAUCCUUGACCAUUUAUUGUCAUGUAAAUUCUUGUUCGGUGAGUUGUCGGUCUGGCGUUAGUCUUUGUGGUGUGACUGAGGUUUUAAUUGAUGCAUGGCAAAGCGGAUGGAUGAUAAUAGAAGGUUUAGUGCGACUUUUAAGAGCAAGCACAGUCGAAGUAGAGAGAAAGAGCGAGGUCUAACUAAAAGAGUGUCGAUCAUGUGAUCAUCACAUGGUCUACGUGCCUAUAUCACAUGCACAGCAUGUUGUCGUCAUGUGGUGUCCAUGCAACCAAGAUACCAGAUGAGAAGAAAAAAAGAGAGGCAAAAAUUAACUUCCACGUUUUAAUCUUAUCUGUGCAGGAUGAUUGAACAGUUUGGGGGCAUUAAGAAGAUUUAAAAAAGAUGAAAAUUAUAUUUUUUAUUUCUCAGACUAUGGAUGUGAAAGACGUGUAAAGAAGCCUUGCUUUAUUGAAAUGUUAUUGAUUUAAAUUCGUCGAGGAUCCAAUUCUGAAGAUUUGUAGUGUUAGACGUAGACUGUAGAAAACGAGACGCAUUUAGACAGUAGCAUGCAUAAACUGCCAGCCGUUAAGAGUUGAAAAGAUUGUUGGGAUGGAGCGCUAUGAUAUUCUUGUAUUUAAAACUAAGGAAGAGAAAUUGGCAAAACGGGAAAAUGAUUGUUUGGUUCUCUUUGUCGGUUACUGUGAUUUGUAUUCAAAUAGGAAUUAUAUGCAUUGUUGAUGUUGCUAAGAUAAUUCAGUGUACUGUAAUUAUUACGUAUUCAGUGGAUUUGGAUUUUAAACAAUUACUAUUCAUAUUUAAAUGACUACCGUGUUCUAAAAAAUCUACUUAUAGGAUCGUAUCAAAUUUAAAUCAACUUUAUAGUACUUGUGUAUUUUUCUGUUCUCCUACGGUGCGUUGACUAUUCAUGUAUUCCUAUUACCUUUUUUGGAUGAUAAAGUAAUCUCUCCUUACCCUAUGAUUUUAAAGUAGAGGCUUUUUUCGUAUAUGUACACACAAUUAGCUUAAUAGUUUAGUAUAUGUAUUUGGUCAGAAAUCUUUCUUUAGGCAAUAUUCAAUGAAAUAUAAGUAGCUGCAUUUAUCUGUAUAUUAUCACACUAUGAAACACACAGCAACGUUGCAACCCAUUUCCAUUUUGAAACAUAGAUAGAUAGUUUACAUGUAUGCAGUAGACGUGGAGAAGGGGGAAAAUUUUCGGUCUGCAUUUUUUUAUACCUGUUUUAAAUUGAUCAUUUUGAGGAGACGCAUCCAAGUCAUUUCUCAAAAUAAAUCUGCUACGUUUUUUUAUGAUCUUCAAAGCACAUUUGUGGUCAUGUUAUGUACUUCUCUUUUACCUUGUACAAACAUUGAUUUGAUAAUUUUACAUUCAUCGAUGUAGUGAUUUACAAAAUGAGAAUAAGAUAUUGGACAAUUAUGUAUCCAUGUUAUCGUCAGUGUUGCCAAUGUAGGGUACAAGAUAGAUAACUGCUGUAUAUUUAAAUCAAUCUCAUUCUUUCGUUUCUUGUAAUGAGGCCAAUUUCUUUUUUAAUUUUUACUUUUGCUUCCUCUUAGAGUCAUAUUUUGUAAACUAUUUCGUAGAAUGAAUUCAUUUACGGCAUUAAAAUGCCCAUAUGUUAAACAACGUGGACAGUACUAGGUACUAAGUCACUGUUUAUUAUUUUGUUUUUGUAUCGUUGCGUCGAUUCAUCGUUGAAGCCUUAGGAAACCAUUUUUCUUUACUCUUUUCUCUUUUUGCUCGGCUUUUCAAGGUUUCUACUCCAAUCAUGAUAUAUCGCUUUAGUCUUGGACUAAGUCCGAUUGGAAUUGAACUGUUAUGUAUCAUUACAGCAGAAUGCCAUAAUUUCAUUUAUGCAAAUGGACAAUUAGAAUAACACUGCAAUGUUCUAGAGGAGAACUAUUCUAGAUAUGCUGGCUAUGGAAUCCUAUUUUCUACUUUUCAUUGAUCAUACAUUUGGUUCGAGGAUGAAUAAGAUAUUUCUAAUCAUUUUGUAGUCGUAUGUUUGUCUGGUAAUGCUUCUUUUUGCCAAUAACAAACCAAAUACAAGAUGGAGGUGCGUUUAGCUGCAAUGGCUUUGGGGAUUUCUUUAUAGUUUGUAUUAUUUAACCAAGUUACUUCAGGCUUUAGAAAUAGGAUGAAGACAUGUAUGUCUGUAUACUGCGAUGUGUACAUGUAUGUAUGUAAGUGUCUCUCACAAGUAUGUACAUGAUCAUCCAUUUUUUUGAAAAUGAAAGACCUUGUAUCAAAACAUGCGUCAGACGGCAUGAUGAAGAGGACAUGUAUAUACGUAGGGAUGACUGAAAGUAGGCGUUGAUUAGACAUCCAGAAGUAGAAGUUAACAUUUUCAAGCCAAAAACGGUUAUCAGAACAUUCGGGGUUAAUUUUAUUUACAUUCUUCAUAAUUUUCAUGUAUUUCCUGCUGCUUCUAACUAAGGUGCCCAUGUGUUGUUAAGUCACUUCAUCAACUAAUUAUUAAAUAUCUGCACUAGAUUAUUUCAAGCCAGAAAUUCGACCUCAAGUGAUCACACGUUGACAAUUGCCUCCCAUUGUACAUUAUUUAACAAGACCAAUAUGUAAGUUUUCCCUGUUUCUGGGACUAAUCCGAAAAAUACAAGUAUUGAUAUCUCAUUCAAGAUGUUUAAAGAUCAGUAUAGAAAAGAAAUCACACCACUGCACAAAUGGUCUCCCAUCAGUUUUCCUUUUACAAAACAUGGAUUGAAAUUUCAGAAGACAAACGAAAGAAAAAAGAUUUGAUUGUGCCAGUGCUUGUCUUUGAAGGUAUUGCAUUCCAGUGUAACUUACCAGUGUUUUUUGAUGUUUUGAAUACUAAUUUAAAUACAAUUCCUCUCUGUUAAAUACAGUUGCACUGAUAAAGAACUCCUUAUGGUUAUGAAAUAUAGUUCCAUUUAAUUUCACCUUUCUAGCCUCUACUUUAGUGAGUGCGUGUCCUUCUUCGUGCAUCUCUCACACACUAUUUUCCCUCUGGAAUUGCCAUAUAGUGAGUUAUAAGUAGUAGUCUGUGAAAAAGGGGGAUUCCCCUCUUGCUUAUAUAGUUGCAAUAUUGUGUCUUCGUGUGAUGAUGGAAAAUAAAAAAAAAAUAAUAAAAAAACAAUUUCGUUCCUGAAA